AUGGCAUACCCAACUGAUUGGCCGACCUACCUUCCCAAAGAUCAAUUUUUAAGGUAUAUGGAGGAUUAUGUCAAGCACUUCAAUAUAUCCCCAAAGUUUAACACUUUAGUUGAGUCAUGCAUGUAUGACGAGGUGAGGAAAUGUUGGGUUGUCAUGACACAUAACAAGGUGGAUGGCCCAACUAUGUAUGCAUCCAAGUUCUUGGUUGUAGCAACAGGUGAAAAUAGUAUGGGAUAUGUUCCAGAGAUCGUUGGCCUACAAAGCUUUCCUGGUGAAACAAUCCACUCAUCAAGUUACAAGUCCGGAAAUGAUUAUGUUGGGAAAAGCGUGCUUGUUGUUGGAUGUGGGAACUCUGGCUUUGAGAUUGCCCAUGAUCUUGCAGUGCAUGGAGCUAACACUUCCAUCAUUAUCCGUAGUCCGGAGUUGAUCCACCUGGGCAUGGUACUCUCAACGUGGCACCUUCCACUGAAGCUUGUAGAUCUUAUUCUUAUGAUCCUCGCAUAUAUCUUAUUAGGUGAUUUAUCAAAGUAUGGAAUUGUGAGGCCUAAUAUUGGUCCACUCACCCUAAAAGCAAAAACUGGUCGGUCUGCUGUCAUAGACACUGGAACCACUAAGCUAAUAAAAAAAGGUGAUAUCAAGGUAUUCGGUCCAAUAUCAUGCAUUCGAGGAAAUCUCAUAGAGUUUGCAGAUGGGAAUGAGAGGUACUAUGACGCUAUUGUGUUUGCCACAGGUUACAAAAGCACCACUAAUAUAUGGCUCAAGAACGACAUGAGUAUGCUAAAUAGUGAUGGCAUACCCAAAAAAGACUUCCCCAACCACUGGAAAGGUGCAAAUGGACUCUACAAUGUCGGAUUUGUAAGGAGGGGGUUGGCUGGUAUUUUUUUGUUAGAAGUGCCAUAUGGGCAUGAACAUACCUUACGAACCUAUGCGUGCCUAGGAUCUCUCGGCCUGGCACAUAGUCAUAGCAAGGAAAGUUCAUACCCCGACAUUCUAAGGCCUUCUUGUUGGUGCGGCACUUUUGGCGGUUGCAUGCUCUGCGGGUUCGGCCCGGUGGCGGCGGCAGUCGUUGGCCGUAGCGAUAACUCGAAGGUGUCCAACAUGGACUAUUCUGUGGGUCUAGGAAGAUCUGUUGUAGCGGCGGCGGGGGUUUGUGUUCUGCUCAGGAAGGCGAGACGGCGGCGGCUCCCUGAAGAUAGAAUAAAGGUUUUCCUGCCUAGCCCGCAUUCUGGUGAUGCAUCUAGCAUCAUCGGUGGGCAUGUGAAGGUUAGAUCCUUUUGA